AUGCAGACCUUUGAAAAGGAACUGUCCCAGGCAGAAGUAAGUCUACAAUGGUUUUCGUUACCUUACUUUAGACUAAACACGAAGAGUACCUUACCGUUCUUAAAGAUCUCACAAAGCAUCAGACCCAAUGUUCGAAGAAUGUAAAGCAUUUGAAAUACUUGUACACGCAGCUUCAGAGUGAUAUUAAAACGUUAGUCGUUCAUUUUUGAUAAAAUUUACCUUGUUUUAGAUUGGAAAAGUCGAAAAUAAGUCCCACAGCUGAAGAAACAGAGAACUUGAAGAAAUUGAAAGAACGACUAGUCGAAGUACGGGUCAAGAUCGAUGAAAUGAAAAGUGACUUGCCUGCAGACAACGUUGGGUGAGUUAUAUGAAAAUUAUUUAUCUUAUUCUUUAGAUUAUACCUCUCGAUUAUUCUUGGAAGCAAUUUGAACGUGUCUUUGCUAAAUCCCGACGACCGGUACCGAUAUAAGCAGGAGUAUGAAAAGUUUAAGAUGACUGUGACCUCCGUCGCGAUGGCUGUACUCAUGUUGUCGUACUUUGUUCCUUCUCGCGCCACCGAUGCUCUCUCCACCAUGCUCCUGGUCUGGUAUUACUGUACAUUGACGAUUCGCGAAGCUAUUCUUCGGGUAAAUGGCUCCAGAAUUAAAGGAUGGUGGGUGUUGCAUCAUUAUGCGGCAUGUGCGUUGUGUGCAAUCGUGCUCAUCUGGAAGGACGGACCUUGUUAUAAGGAGUUCCGCAACCUGUUCAUCGGAAUGGCUUUUUACAUCGCCUUGGUUCAGAUGAUGCAAUACAAAUAUCAGACUGGCUGUCUAAGGCGUUUGCAUGCUUUGGGACAACGACAUUCGAUGGACAUCACAGUCGGUACGUUUAAAAUUGUUGUUUGGAUGUUAUUUUAUAUUAUUUUAGAGGGAUUCAGCAGCUGGAUGUUCAAAGGACUCACUUUCAUCCUUCCAUUCCUUGUGAUAGGCUAUGUAAGUGCUUUAAAACUGAUUUUCUGUCUUUAGGUCACCUAUCUUGUCUUGCCUUUUGUUUACAGAUCCUUCAAGCUUAUUGCUCCGUGUACUUGUUCUACAUGUACUUCUACAGAGGUUGUUCUGGCGAAUGGCAGGUAAUAACAUUGGCCAUUUUGUUUGGAAUGAUCAGCCUGGGCAAUAUUAUCACCAGCUUGAUGGUGUUCCUGAAGAAACUCCGACAACACACGUCAGAAGUCGGACUGAUGGCCUCGAAAUAUCGAACCAAACUCGAGUAA